CAGCACCCCUGGUUUACACACUCAAGACCCCGUGCCUGGUGCUGAUCUGAGCUGACACCAUGUGCGACGACGAAGAGACUACCGCCCUGGUCUGCGAUAACGGCUCCGGCCUGGUGAAGGCUGGCUUCGCCGGCGAUGACGCACCUCGCGCCGUGUUUCCGUCCAUCGUUGGUCGCCCCCGCCACCAGGGCGUCAUGGUUGGUAUGGGCCAGAAGGACUCCUACGUCGGCGACGAGGCCCAGAGCAAGAGAGGCAUCCUGACCCUUAAGUACCCCAUCGAGCACGGCAUCAUCACCAACUGGGACGACAUGGAGAAGAUCUGGCACCACACCUUUUACAACGAGCUUCGUGUGGCCCCGGAGGAGCACCCCACCCUGCUAACAGAGGCCCCCCUCAACCCAAAAGCCAACAGAGAGAAGAUGACCCAGAUCAUGUUCGAGACUUUCAACGUCCCCGCGAUGUACGUGGCUAUCCAGGCCGUGCUGUCACUGUACGCUUCUGGGCGUACCACAGGUAUUGUCCUGGACUCCGGUGACGGUGUGACACAUAACGUGCCCAUCUACGAGGGCUACGCUCUUCCUCACGCCAUCAUGCGUCUGGAUUUGGCCGGUCGUGACCUCACAGAUUACCUCAUGAAGAUCCUGACUGAACGUGGAUACUCUUUUGUCACAACCGCUGAGCGUGAGAUCGUGCGUGACAUCAAGGAGAAGUUGUGCUACGUGGCUCUGGACUUUGAGAAUGAGAUGGCUACAGCAGCUUCCUCCUCAUCUCUGGAGAAGAGCUACGAGUUGCCCGACGGUCAGGUCAUCACCAUCGGCAACGAGCGUUUCCGCUGCCCAGAGACGCUCUUCCAGCCCUCGUUUAUUGGUAUGGAAUCCGCUGGCAUCCACGAAACCACUUACAACAGCAUCAUGAAGUGUGACAUUGACAUCCGUAAGGACCUGUACGCCAACAACGUCAUGUCUGGCGGCACCACAAUGUACCCUGGCAUCGCUGACCGCAUGCAGAAGGAGAUCACUGCUCUGGCCCCCAGCACCAUGAAGAUUAAGAUCAUCGCCCCCCCUGAGAGGAAGUACUCAGUGUGGAUCGGCGGCUCCAUCCUCGCCUCUCUGUCCACCUUCCAGCAGAUGUGGAUCAGCAAGCAGGAGUAUGAUGAGGCUGGACCCUCCAUCGUCCACAGGAAGUGCUUCUAGGCCCCUCCUUCGCCCUCUCCCCCCUCUGUUACCUCCCUCCUUCUGUGCCAACAGCGCAAUUUAUGGCUCAAAAGCAGGAACUCUUGUGUUGUCGCCAAAUUAUUUGUUUACACUAAAGUGCAAUUUAUAUGUGGAUAUGUAUAGGUUUAUAAAUAAACGAGAAGUGAGACUUGC